CGGGGGCGCAGCGCGGAGUGGGGCGGGGUCUCAGACCUGUUGUGCGGCUCUCGGUGCGGAUCGAGCAGAACCGGGUCUCUGCUGAGUCUCUGCGGCUUUCUGGAAGUUUCUCGGCUGAGCUGACCUCCGGUGGACCGCGGAGCAGCGCGCCGAGCUCAGGAAACGUCUCCCUGAUGACGAAGGUUCCUCCUCCUCAUCACAGCAGCAGGUUGCCUCAACAGAGCCUCUUCAGUGGUCCUUCAUCUUUUGUUUCUGCUGAAGCUUCUCACCUGAAACACGCCAGACCCUGAAAUACCAUGAUACACGUCUAGAACAUGAACAGUGUUCUCCAGGACGUUCUCCAGGAUGUUCUCCAGGAUGUUCGCUGGGACGUUCUCCUGCUGCAGUAGAACCUGUGGUUGCUUCCUGAGAACACUUUAUUUCCUGCAACAGGUAAAGAGGAGCUGCCAUGUUGGCCUCCUCCGUCCCCCCGUCUGUCCUCCUCGUCCUCCUCGUUCUGCUCCCUGCUGACGCCUCGGUGCACUGGGUGGAGCUAAAGGGCGCCCCACUGUCUCACCUGCUGCUGGACCCGGGGGCGGGGCGUCUGUAUGUGGGCGGGGUUGACCACCUGUACCAGCUGACCUCCGACAUGGAGGUGAUGUCACACGUGAGGACCGGCCCCCACCUGGACUCGCCCGACUGCCUCCCACCAAUCAUCCCGCAGGACUGCCACUCGGCCACGCCCACUCACAACCACAACAAGCUGCUGCUGCUGGAGCCAGGGCAGGGGGCGGAGCCUGGCAGCCUGAUCGUCUGUGGCUCGCUGUACCAGGGGAUCUGUGACAAGAGGAGUCUGUCCAACCUCUCUCAGCUCAUCUAUCAGACGUCCAAUCCCGUUGACACUCAGUACGUCGCUGCCAACGACCCAAGAGUCUCCACCGUCGCCGUGGUGAUCACCACCAAGAACAAACAGGAAGGGGGCGGGGCCGGCGGCAUGCUGCGCCUGAUGCUGGUUGGUCGAGGCUACACCAGCAAAGGUCCCGGAGACAUCCCGCCCAUCACGACGCGGCGCCUGUUCCCGGUGGUGGCGCCUCGUCGAGCCUUUUCUCAGGAGGAGGAGCUGGGGAAGCUGGUGGUAGGAAGCUACUCCGAGUACAACAACCACUUUGUGAAGGCUGUUACCCACGGUGACCACGUGUACUUCCUGUUCUCACGGCGGGAUGUGUGGCACAAGAAGGAGUACCGGACGUACGCCUCGCGGCUCUGCAUCUCCGACCGCAGCUUCUACUCCUACGUGGAGGUGCCGCUGCUCUGCCAUGGUGGCUACAACCUGGCCCAGGGGGCGUGGCUAGGCAACCACUCAGGUAAGCCUGCCCUCUUUGUCGUCAUGGCAGCAGGACAGGCGUCCACGCCGGUGGCGACGAGCCGCUCUGCGCUCUGCGUCUAUGGGAUGGCAGAGCUGGACGCUGUGCUGCAGAAAGCACAGGAAGUGUGUUACACCGAGGGAGGGCGGGGCAACGACGGCAAGGAAGAGGCUUACAUCGAGUACGCUGUGUCAUCAAAAUGUCUACAACUGCCCAAGGACUCCCUAUCAGAGUAUCCCUGUGGAGGCGAACACACUCCUAAUCCAAUCGCCAGCUCCGUGCCGCUGGAGGCCACGCCCACCGUCACCUCCACCACCCAGCUGACCGCCGUCACCACGGCAACCGAGGCCGGACACACCAUCGCCUUCCUGGGAGACAGAGAGGGACGACUACACAAGGUGUUGGUGCGCUCUGAUUGGUCGGGUCACCUGUACGGCAGCCUGACGGUAGACGAUGGCAGCAGCGUCAGCGCAGACCUCCUAUUGGACGAGAACCAGCAGCACGUUUACGUUCUGACCAGCAGCAGGCUGUCCAAGGUUCCUGUGUCUUCCUGCGAGAGACACACAGACUGUCAGACCUGUCUGUCUGCCAGCGACCCUUAUUGUGGCUGGUGUGUCCUGGAGGGAAGAUGUUCCCGUAAACACCUGUGUCAGCGACACCAGCAGCCCAACCAUUGGCUGUGGAGCUUUGAACCAACCAAUCAGUGCGUGACAGUGCAGAGCCUGCAGCCGGCCAAUCAGAGCAGAGAAGAGCAGACGCAGGUAACGCUGUCAGUCAUCCAGCUGCCCAUGCUGACGGAGGCGGAGUCUCUGUCCUGCAUCUUCGGGCUCCUCCCGCCUCAGCCGGCCGUCGUCAUGGAAACCAACAUCACCUGUCAGUCACCUGCACCGGAGCUCCUCCCCUCCAUGCCGACAGGAAGCGAUCACAUGAUCCUGCCCGUGUCACUCAUGUUCGGUCAUGUGACCGUCACCACAGGCAACAUGACCUUCUAUGACUGCAGCGCUGUGAGCCAACUGAACCAGAGCUCCCAGUGUCUGUCUUGUGUCAGCAGUAUCUGGAGGUGUAACUGGUGUCCUCUGGAUCAACUCUGUACUCACAACCACAGUUGUCCUCACCAACACAUCAUCCUGAACCAGAGGGACUCUCCUGGUCCGACCUCGUGUCCUCUGGUCUUCGCUCUGCAGAGUUCUGCCUUAGUGCCGAUGGGCCUGAGCACCACAGUGGUGCUGCGGGGACGAAACCUGGAUGUGUACACUGAAGAAGCUCCGUAUGUGUGUGUGGUAGAAAUCCACGGAGUCCAGUUCAACCUGACGGCUGCUGUGGAGAGGACAGCUGGCAACACACACACCUUUACCUGUAGCCCCCACCAGUUCCAGUAUGCCGUCAGUGAGCUCCAGUAUUCAGCACCUGUCUACCUGCGGAGAGGACAGAAACGCAUCGACGCCUCACCUGGACUGCGGUUGCAGCUGUACGACUGCUCAGCCGGCCAAUCAGACUGCUCGCAGUGCAGGGCGGUACCUGAGGAGUACGGCUGCGUGUGGUGUCCAGGUAGCCCCGCCCCCAGCUGCGUUUACAAUCAGUCCUGUCUCAGCGAACCGACAGACAUCUGCCCGCCUCCUCAGAUCACACAGGUGUUGCCUGUCUCUGGGCCUCUGGAGGGUGGAGUCCUGGUGACCAUCACAGGGUCCAACCUCGGGAUGAGGUUCGAGGAUGUGGUGGGCGGAGUCACAGUGGCAGGUGUCCAGUGUCUGCCUCAGCCUGAAGGAUACCUGAUCUCCACCAGGGUUGUGUGUGAGCUGCAGCCCAGUGGGAGGCAGAAGGAGGGACCUGUCCUGGUUACCAUGGGAAUGACUCCCCCUGGGAGGUCAAUGCAGAUGUUCACCUAUCAGGACCCUCAGCUGCUGGAUCUGGUUCCUGAUCGAGGUCCGGUUUCUGGAGGAACCAGACUGACCAUCAGAGGACGCCAGCUGUUGACGGGACAAACAUCCGACCUGAGCGCCUUCGUGGGUAACCAGCCCUGCUACAUAGUGGACGAGGUGAAUGACACCCAGUUGGAGUGCCGGACUGGUCCCAGUAAUCAGACUGGUGGCGUCCCAGUUCGUGUUUUCUUCGGUAAAGCUGAGCGGACGGUCCCGGACGUCUUCUUCCAUUACCUUGACGACCCCGUCAUCACCGACGCGGUGCCUGCAGAGAGCUUCUACGCCGGCGGCCGCAUCGUCAUAGUGACGGGCAGGAACCUGGACGUGGUGCAGCAGCCAAUCAUAGCUGUGUGGGUGGAGCCUGUGGAGGUCCAGAGAGUGAAACGGAGGAGACAAUUGGCUCUGCUCACCGCCAAGCAGCAGCUGGUCUUCAACAGCACCAUGACAACGGUGUCAGAGCGCUGCUCCGUCCUGUCGUCCUCUCAGAUGACCUGUCUCACCCCCACCGUGUCCCCUGAACUCAAAGUUAAAGGAAUCUGGUUCCAGCUGGACAACGUCAGGGUCCACUAUGAGAGCAUCAAGGGUCAGAGCUUCUCCUACUAUCCGAACCCGGAGUUGUUCCCCCUGAACCGUGAGGCUCCAGAUGUUCCAUACCGGUUCAAACCUGGAGGAGUGAUCGCUGUGGAGGGUCUGGACUUGACCAGAGCCAUGUCCCGGCAGGAGGUGACGGCUCGGCUCGGAGACCAGGAGUGUCAGGUGAAGACCCUGGACAGCACUCACCUGUACUGUGAACCUCCAGAGAUCCAACCAAUGAGUGUGGAGGAGAGCAGCGACCUGCCCAGUCUGAAGGUGUUCAUGGGGAACCUGCAGGUGGACCUGGGAUUGGUUCAGUACGACAGCGACUCUCUGCUGUCUCCCGUCCCAUUGGCUGCUCAGAUCGGUUUGGGGGCGGGAGCAGCUGUCAUCAUCCUGUCAGUGCUGGUCAUCAUCCUCAUGUACAGGAGGAAAAGUAAACAGGCUCUCAGAGAUUAUAAGAAGGUUUUACUGCAGUUGGAAACUCUGGAGAUCAACGUUGGAGAUCAGUGCCGCAAGGAGUUCACAGACCUGAUGACAGAGAUGAUGGACCUGAGCAGUGACGUUGGAGGACCAGGACUCCCCCUGCUGGACUACAGGACCUAUGCAGAGAGGGUGUUCUUCCCCGGGCAGCAGGCGGCGCCGCUGAGCCGGCAGCUGGACUUGCCGGAGUCCCGGAGGCAGACGGUGGAACAAGGCCUCCAGCAGCUCAACAACCUGCUCAACAACAGACUGUUCCUCACCAGGUUCAUCCACACUCUGGAGGCCCAGCAGGGCUUCUCUCAGAGGGACCGGGGCUACGUGGCCAGUCUGCUCACCAUGGCUCUGCACGACAAGCUGGAGUACUUCACCGAGGUGAUGAAGAGUCUGCUGCAGGACCUGGUCCAGCAGUACGUUGCCAAGAACCCCAAACUCAUGCUGCGCCGGACUGAGACGGUUGUUGAGAAGAUGCUGACCAACUGGAUGUCCAUCUGCCUCUACUCCUUCCUGAAGGAGGUGGCGGGGGAGCCUCUCUACAUGCUCUACAGAGCCAUAAAGUACCAGGUGGACAAAGGACCGGUGGACGUGGUGACGGGGAAAGCCAAGCGGACGCUCAACGACAGCCAUCUGCUGCGAGAGGACAUCGACUACUGUGCCAUGACUCUGACAGUGUUGGUGAAGAACGGCAUUGAGGUUCAGCCGUGUCCUGUUAAGGUGCUCGACACCGACACCAUCACACAGGUGAAGGAUAAGAUCCUGGAUCAGGUGUAUCGAGGAGCUCCGUUCUCUCAGAGACCUGCAGCCGACAGUCUGGAUCUCGAAUGGCGUUCAGGUCAGGCGGGUCACCUGACCCUGUCGGAUGAUGAUGUCACGGCGGUGGUUCAGGGUCGCUGGAAACGACUCAACACUCUGCAGCACUACAAGGUUCCAGAUGGAGCCACUGUAGCUCUGAUACCUCGUUCUCAGAGUUCAGGAGGAGUUGGAGUCAACCAGGUGUUCCAGACAGGAGAGAAAACACCGAUGCUAGAGGGGGAGGAGGAGGAGGGGCUAAGGCUGUGGCACCUGGUGAAGAGCAGCGAAGAUCCUGAGAUCCCCAAACACAGGAAGAGCAGCAUGAGGGAACGAGAGAGGGCCAAGGCCAUACCUGAGAUCUACCUGACCAGGCUGCUGUCCAUGAAGGGGACGUUGCAGAAGUUUGUGGACGACGUCUUCGUGGCGAUCCUCAGUACAAAGCGUCCUCCUCCCAUCGCCGUCAGGUUCUUCUUCGACUUCCUGGACGACAUGGCUGAGAAACACGGAAUUGACGACCCAGAGACGGUCCACAUCUGGAAGACCAACAGUCUCCCUCUCAGGUUCUGGGUGAACAUCCUGAAGAACCCUCAGUUUGUUCUGGACGUUCAGGUGACCGACAGCAUCGACGCCGUCCUGUCAGUCAUCGCUCAGACCUUCAUCGACUCCUGCACCACCUCGGAGCACAAAGUCGGACGGGACUCUCCUGUCAACAAGCUGCUGUACGCCAGAGAAAUCCCCCGAUACAAGCAGCUGGUAGAGAGGUACUACAGUGACAUCCACAGCGCUGCUUCAGGCUGUUAUCAGGAGAUGAACUCCACUCUGACUGAACUGUCGGGGAGUUUUGCCUCAGAGAUGAACAGUCUUGUUGCUCUUCAUGAGCUCUACAAGUACAUCAACAAGUAUUACGACCAGGUCAUCAUGUCUCUGGAGGAGGACAGUUCUGGUCAGAAGAUGCAGUUGGCGUAUCGGCUGCAGCAGGUCGCCGCCCUGGUGGAGAAUAAAGUCACUGACCUCUGAUGACCUCUGACCUGCUGAGAAGGAUGAGGCAGAGAAUCUGAUUGGACGGCUGUGGCGCUGUGUCUUCCUGCUGAGUGUGUGUGUGUGUGUGUGUGUUUGUGUGUGUGUGUGUGUGUGUGUGUGUGUGUGUGUGUGUGUGUGUGUGUGUGUGGGACAUACGAGGUUUUUAUAGUCAGACUCAGGAGAUCCCAGGUCUUUAGAUUCCUUCACACAGCAGCAGUUAAACUGAUGUUAAACUAACGUUGAACUAACCCAAACCUUGACACCAGCCUGUGGUGCACAUCGACAAUCUAACCAAUCAGAUCAGGGAACAUCGUCGUCACCUGCUGCCUUGUACUACGUUUCCCAGAGUUCCCUGCUGUUAGUCAAAAAGCACAAUUUAAAGCUUUUGAUCACAUGUAUUGAUUAUUGAUCUACUGAGCUCAGACGACUAGUUUGUAUUUUUGCGUUUUCUACUGAAACCAGCAGCUCUGAAUCUGACGAUCUCUGAACGCAAUAACUGAACCAGAACCAGAACCAGGAUCAGGGAGCGUUCAUAUCAGUGUGACUCCAGUUCCUGACCAGUCCUCCCAGUCUUCCUCACAUCCAGGUCGAGUCCGGGUCGACUCACCAGGUUCUCAGGUCUGAUUUGAACUGCUCGGCUCGGUGACGUCUGCUGGAUCAUUCUUCACAUGUCCACUCACCUCAUAGGAACCAGGACAGAACCUCGGACCAAAUGGUUCCACAGCAGGAGCUCUGUUCAGCCAUGAGGUGGAAUGUUUCCAGGACCAGCCUGCUUGUGGUUCCUCUUGGUCUUUCUGUUCCACCGUAGAUCCAAAGGCUUCAACAUUAACUAUAAGCAGAACAAACUGUAGUUACACAGAAAAAUAACGUUCUAGUAACUGGAACCAGAAAUGGUUCUUAGAAGCGAUGCUACUGAAAACACAUUUUUAGUUCUUCAAAAAACCUUUUAGCAAGAGGUUCUUUGAAAACACAGUUUUAGUUCUUCAAAGAACCUUUUAGCAGGAGGUUCUCUGAAGAACUUCCAAAGGCACACACAAAGAACAACAAAAACAUGAUUAAUUUAAGCACCUUGAAGUUAGCUUCAAAGAACCUUUCCAAAAAUAGGUUGUUUAAGGAACCAUUUUCCAGACAGUUCUUUGCGGACCCACCUGGUUUUAAUUUUUUAUUGGAGUCACCAAAGAACUCCAGUAAACACUAAGAACCUUUUAGAACACUACAUCAGAAGGUGAAGAACAUGUGGUUCUGAGGUCACUUCCUGUCAGAUGAUCAGACUCGUUUCUGAUUGGUUCAGACAGACGUCAUCACAGCCAGUUAGUUGAAACAGUUUUAAAUUAGUUAUUUGAAAUGAGGACUUUGUUGUUUUGUGGUGAAUUUAAACCUGUCCAGAUGUUCCUGCAGCUGUAGAACUCUCUUUUUCCUCCGUUCUCCAGCUGCAUAUCUGUUGGUAUUCUUUAUAAAUGAUCAGGUCUUAGCAUGUUGGACAGAACACGGAGUCACACUGAAACAUACAACCUGCUGAACAACGACGAGCUGAUGAAAACAAUCUGUGGGCGGAGCUAAAGCGUGUGUGUGUGUUAGCUAGUUACUAACUUAUUGUGUGUACAUACUGUAAGUCCUAUUUAUACUAUUUAUCCCAGCUGUGCCUUCACUCUUGCAGCUUGGUGGCACUGUCUGCUCUGACAGCAGCUUAUUGAUCAAAUGUCCUAGUGCAUCAUGGGAGAUAAAAUUAUUUUAGAACCAGAAACAUCAACACACUGGAACCCUGAGAGCUAACCUGUGUUCUAGUUUUCCUGUUUUGGUUUUCAGAGUGCUGAACUGUCCGACAGGCUGAGUCCAAACAGUCCUCACCAGAGAAAACCAGCAAUAAAACCAGUUAGAACCGGUCGGACCGAGUUUGAUGAUCCAGAUUUACACAUAUCAGCCUCUGUGAAGCAGCGCCGGCCAACAGGGUCACAGUCCCAGUGGUUUGACGAGUCGACGUCUGUCAGGACGUUUGGAUUCAGCCUGACGUUAUAUGCUGUAUCUCCACGGCAACCAUGUCGUUGUAGCUGUUACAUUGUCCUGCUCUCUGUGGACCACAGUGUUCAUCUCUGACUAAUACGACACUUCUUGGGCCGUUCUCGACCUUCCUGAACUGUUCCAGACUUUCCUGGACCGUCCCUGGCCCUCCUUGACCAUUGUGGACCUUCCUGAUUUGUCCUGGCCUGUUCUAGAGCUCCCUGGACUGGUCUAGACUUGUCUUGACUAUCCUGGACCUUGCUGGACCAUCCUAGAGCCUCCUUGACUGUCCUGGACUGUCCUUGUUGGUCCUGGACCAUCCUUAUUGGGUCUGGACUGUUAUGGACGUUCCUUGACUCUACUAGACCUUCCUGGACUGUUCUGGACUGGUCUAGACCUAUCCUGUCUGUCCUGGACCUUCCUGGACCCUAAUCAAGUGUUGUAGGCCUUCUUGGACUGUUGUGGACAGUUCUAGACCUGCUUUGACCUUCCUGGAGUCUCCUCGACUGUUCUAGACCUUUCUGGACUGUUCUGGAUAGUUGUAGACCUAUUUUGACCGUCCUGGACCCUCCUAGACCCUCUUGGACUGUUCUGAACCCUGUUGGACCCCCUUGGACUUGUGCUGUAUGUAAAUGGACGGUGGCUGGACUGGACCCAGCAGGCAAUAAGCAGUCAGAGGGUGGUCUCUGCUGCAGAUCAGAACCAGAACCCUGAUCAAGUCCUCCUGCUGGACUCUUUUUCUUCUCUCCUGAUAUUCGGACUGUGUUUUGCCUUGCGUGUUUUUUGAGCCUGUGUUCGACCCAUAGACGUAGUUCUUUCAGAAUAAAUUCUGCAUGAGUGUGAUGAUGAUGAUGAUGAUGGUGCUUCUUCUUCUACAUAAUUUUCUUUGUUUAUUUUUAAAGAUGAGGGGCGGGGUUUAACCGCUGCCGUGUCACUGAUGAUGCGGAUGUCACCUGACCUGUGUACAGUUGGAUCCUGAGCUCUGAUUGGUCAAGCUCUGUUUGUUACUGCAUCAUUUUUUCUACAAGGGAAUAAAAGUUCAAAAACAUAAUGAGGAUGAGCUGAGAGAAGCUUUUCUACUGACUGUGUACAGUUUGCUAACAGUGUGUAAAUGUGCCUGUAAAUACUGUCUGAUGAUGAUGAUGAAGAUGAGUCGGUCUGCAAUGGAAAUGUGCUUUUAUUGUGAAAAGGCAGGAGGCCAAACACAGUUUGUAUGAUGUAAAAAAUAAAGUUUUAAUUUUAACACGUC